AUGCAGUCAUCAUCGUCACAGGACUUGGAAAAAUACUGCUCCUCGAGUACGACCAAAGAGCAGAAGACAAGCGACCCGGAUUGGCGUAAUCUGAAGUACGCUGAGAGCGGUCACCACGGCCCCAAGGCGUGUGAGGUAGAUCCAUCGCCAGUUUUGCACUCGGUGAUCCAAAGCAGCACUGGCAGUUUCCAGGCUGGACCCAACAGAAGCUUCGUACCACAGGAUAAUCACAUUUACCACGCCGAGGCAGCGACGGACGCACUUCACAUUGCCAUAGCAGCCUCGCAAAUCGAAGCAGAGACAACGGUGCCGCACCUGGAGUCAACAACCCAAGUGACGCAACAGAUAUCCCAAAUUCACGUUACACAACCCGUUUGCAAGCAGCUCGCACAUCAAGCACAAAACGGCGCUGGGAAAAUAUGCGACAUCGAGCCCGACCAUAGCUACUUGCCAGGAAAUCACCGCGAUUCAGACGUUGUCACCAAUUCUAGGCUGGAUAAGACAGCGGUUCUGCAAAACGGAUAUAAAAAAUAUAAGCUAGGCUACCGCCGAAGUUCUGUUGCUUGUGAGCACUGCAGGCAGCGAAGAAUCAGGUGCACCAUCUUGUCUAAUGACUCUGAACGUCGUUGCAACAAUUGUAUCCGGUUGAAAAAGGCCUGCAACUUCACAGCAAAAGCCCGGCCUGUGUCCAAACAUAGGGGGAAGCCAAGGUCUCAAUCAGCGUCGGAAAUCGACAAGGUGGGCUCCGCAACUACUUCGCCAGCGAGUUCCCGUGCAUGGGGACACCAAGCAGAGAUACCGCAUCCAAUUGGAAUGCAAGAGAGGUUGCAAAUGGCAAAACCUAGUGGCUCCCAAGAUAUACCUAAGCUCUUUGACAGUCGCACUGGUUUAUCUUCUAACGCUGACGUUACCACCUGGUUUCCGGCGGCUUGUUUUGCGGACAAUCUCCCCUAUCUAUUGCAGACGCUGCGUCAUCUGCUCCUUCCCCGUACAACCUACAAGUCUAAACCAACCAUACUUACUCAUCGAGCAACAGAUGCCUUUCACAGCAACACCCUGCAAUCCUACAUAUACCCAAUUAUGUCAUUUGACCCGCAAAACCAGAAAACCUUUUGGACCCCAUACGGGACAAAAACAUUGGGACUACAUUCAAAUCAUAAUUAUAUCCAACCACAGGACCAGGUGUAUCAGCAACAGGUACCUGAUUUUAUAAACACAGGUCCCGGAGUGUCAGUAACUCAACAUGUAGAACAGAAAGACACAUCACACAACGUCCGAGUGGACCAGGUGUAUCAGCAACAGGUACCUGAUUUUAUAAACACAGGUCCCGGAGUAAAGACACAUCACACAACGUCCGAGUGGUGGGAAGCCGCCAAAAACCACAUUGUUGGGAUCAUGGAUGCAACGGUAGCCAAUUUGCGUCCCGUAGCAACCUUUUAA